CCUCACCAUUUUAGAGAAAGCCUGGAUAUUUAUCGGCGAGUAUCAAUUCUGUCGUGGCUAUCAUUCACAGACAUUAUAUUCCUCAGCACCCGGAGUCGGCCAGUCCUUUCGCUGCUUUACAGUGCCUCCUAUUUAGGCCAAAUUGGACAUGUGUCUGCUGCAAACGUUGCAGUCCAUGGCCACAUUGACGACGCCAGCGACGAUGAGUUUGAGAGGGACAGACAGUCCUUUGACAUGCUUGCAUGGGAUAGACUCGACGACCAUUGGGAUACGACCUUCUCGUGGCUCCGGUACGUGUCCACCUUGGACAAGCUCGCAUCCGCCGUCGCGAAGAAGGCCGGGGUGCCAGAGACGGAUGUCGAAGUUCUGGGAGGCGGUGGUGUGGGAAGCUUCAACGUAGUAUAUCCCCUUCGAAUGAAGGACGAUUCUCUUAAUUUGUUCGUCAGGAUACCCAUCCCACAUGUCACCCAACUGCCAGAUGAGAGGUACGCCGCGGAGGUGGGCGCCCUGCGAUUUAUCCGACAAAACACCACCAUCCGUACCCCAACUAUCUUGUACCAUGGCUCUCAAUCUGAAAAUCCUGAUGUGGGCCCUUUCUUGGUCAUGGAUAGGAUUCAGAAUAAGUGGACUUUAUCUGAGGCUUUCACGGGGCCUCGUGACCCGGACAACCGGGACGAUCCGUACAUGCUGGACAUCAAGAUACCCGAAGAACGCCUCCUAAAGGUAUUCAGCCAGGUGGCACCCUUCAUGUUGCAGCUGCUGCGCCAUCGAUUCGCGCGCAUCGGCUCCUUAACGGAGACAGCCGAGGGCUCGUUCGAGAUCCGGAGUCGGCCGAUGACCACGAACAUGCAGGCCAUGCUCUCGAUCGCAAACAUCCCCCAAUGUGCGCUCCCCGCCAAGAACAAGACAUACCAGACCACCGACGCGUGGUAUGUCGCCUGCUGCGACAUGCUCUGGGCCCCGCUCCUCCUCCAGCGGAACGACUUUGUCACCUCGGCGGACGACUGCCGCAACAAGUAUGUCGCGCGCCACAUCAUCCGCCGCCUCGCCGCACAGGGCAAGCUUUCCACCUUUGGCUUUGAGGAGGAUGCCUGGUCCGAGCAGUCGAGGAGGAUGAGGGCUGACCAACGACCGGGCAGCAGCAGCACGCCGCUGUGUCCUGCGCCCGCGGGGUCCGGCCCGGCCGCGUUCCCGCUGUGGUGCGACGACUUCCAGACCGGGAACAUACUGGUCGAUGGCGACGAUAACGUCACGGGGGUCAUCGACUGGGAGUUCACGUAUGCGGCACCCGCGCAGUUCUGCCUCGACCCGCCCUGGUGGCUGCUUAUUGAUCAGCCCGAGGUGUGGGUUCUGGGGCUGGAGAGGUUUGGUGAGAGGUUCGCCAGGACUUUGACUGUUUGGCUGAAAGCUGUCGAAACGGUGGAGAAGGGCCUUGAUCUCGAGGCCCACCAUAUCAGCCAGCCCUGGUCGAUGUACAUGCGGCAGAGCUGGGAGACCGGCCGCUUCUGGCUGAACUAUGGCCUGCGGAAAGGUUGGGCUUUCGAUUCCAUCUACUGGAAGUUCCUGGAUGAACGAUUCUUUGGAGAGAGGCCGAAAGACGUUGCCAAGGAGGAAUACUGGAGGUCUAGAAUAGAUCUGCUGUCUGAGAAAGAGAAGGCGGGUAUGGAGCCAUUCGUGGAAAAGAAGAUGAACGAGUCAAAAGAAAAGAUCCUUGUGGAUGACUGGGAUGAAGAUGAGGUUGCAAGGCGUUUUGCUGAAGUUAUCUUCGACGAGUAG